CCUUGGUAGGGCACAGUAGCACGCAACAGAGUUAUAUAGGCUCUCAACCCGCUGUGAAUUGUUCGCUCCCUGACAGUCACGUGACAAUCUGUGACGAUAGCGUGUUUGUGGCGUACACAGGAGGCCUACGUGACCAUCAUGGAGUUCAUACCCGGUCUGGACCUGCAGCGUGUGGUGACCAAGGCCGAGUACCUCAAGAUCGAGGCCGUUCAGAUAAUCAUGGCUCAGCUAAUACUCGCCGUCGAGCACAUGCACCUGCACGGGUGCCUGCACAGGGACAUCAAGGUUUCCAACAUGCUCAUAAUGCCUGGCGGAAGGGUCAAGGUAAUCGACUUCGACACGACCAAGAUCUGCCACGGCCACUUUGCCAAGCACGUGCUGAGGCACUACUUCAAGAGGACGGCGUUCGAAUUCAACGACGGCGAGUCGGCCGGUACCAUACCUUACAUGGCGCCGGAGAUACUCAAGAGACGACCGUACGGUCGCUCCGUGGACUGGUGGUCGUCGGGCAUCGUCAUGUACAAGAUGAUGACGGGCAAGGUGCCGUUCCGAGGCAAGACGAAGCAAAUGCUGCGCGAGCGCAUCAUCACGGCGCCGCUCAAGUGGCCCCGGGCCACGGACCAGCACGGACACUCGGCCACCACACCGGCCAAGGACAUGACGUACCGCAUGCUGCGCAAGAACCCCGCCGAGAGGCUCGGCUCGCGCAUCUACUCCGACCUCAAGACGCACCCCUUCUUCGACGACUUCAACUGGAAGCAGCUGUACGUCAAGGAGGACCUCAUCGAUAUACCCGCCAUCAAGGAGCUGCAGGAGGAGGACAAGAAGAAGAUCAAGGACGCCCCGGACGAUGACGAUGAACGGCGCCACCAGAAGAUCGAAGACAUGACCGACAUCCUGCCCGAGAUGCAGAAGCCGUUGCUUUGCUACGCCUCCAAGAGUUUCCGAAAACUCAUGGUUGCGCUGAAGGAGAAGCGUGGCAAAGUCACCGCGGACAUGAUCAACUCGGUCGGCGAAGAGAGCUCCGAGCUGAAAUACGACCAGCCGAAACGCAACACCGACAGCAUGGUUGACACCACCGAAGUCCGCGAGGGCCCCGAUAAAGUCGACCUUCUUCUGUACAGGAAGAAGAAGUUCUACAAGUUCUGGGGCUACGGCUUCUCGCUGCGACGGGCAAAGGGCGAAGACGAUGCCUACUACAUCUACGUGGACACGGUGACGGCGGACAGCCCAGCGGACAAGUCGACCGUUCUCCCGCUGGACGUCCUGCUGUACGUGAAUGGCACGUCCGUGAUGAACGAGUCCCUGUCCAAGGCGCGCAAGCUAAUCUCGCGCUCGGGCGACACCCUGGUGCUGUCGGUGAUGUCGUGCAGCCCCUACCGCAUCCUCACCACGCGAAGGGACAUGUUCACCAUCAUGCGCUCCGUGCCCAAGGAACAGGUGCGUGCUGGCUUCUCGUGUGGCGGCUCGAUGCCCUACGGUCUAGGCCUCAUCGAUGCCAUGGUCUACGACGACAAGGCCAAGCAGUUCACUCGCUGCUUCGUGGUCACGCGCGCCGACGUGACCGUGUCGGGCAAGGGCUCCCUGUACCCGGGCGACGUGGUCACCAUGGCGGACGGCACGGCCCUGGAGACGCUGACCAUGGAACAGGUCCUCCAGAUGCUCGGAGUGGGCAAAGCCGAGGUCAACCUGUCCAUUGUGCCGCUGUCGCCGUUGCGCUCCAACCGCGUCCUCAUGAGCAAGAUGCAGGAGCAGACCAUCACCGACGCCAGCGUGCCCACGCGCUCGACGCACGCAGCUGAGGUCAACGUCUGA